AUGGCGGUGAGCCCACUGGAACAGGCUCUCAUCGAGACAUGGACUCUAUACGCGUUUGGAAGCAUUGCUAUCAUGCUGAGAGUGUUCUCGCGCACGAGGAUGGUCGGUAUCGCUGGGUGGCAUCCGGACGACUACCUGAUCUUCUUUGCGUGGGCAUGUUACACAGGCAUGACGGUAGCUGCUCACAUCGUAGGAGGAACCGGCGACACGUCGCAUCUCACUAUGCAAGAAAGACUGUCGUUCACCCCUGAGCAAGCGGCUGCACGCCAAAAGGGCAGCCAGUGGUUCAUGGUUGGUUGGUUCACCUACAUCGGCUUGAUCUGGACUCUGAAGUUGAACAUGUUGUUUCUCUACAGACGAGUGGUCAGUGUAGUAUGGGUGAAGAUGUUCAUCGUCCCCACCAUGGUGUUCGUCGGCGUAACCGGCAUCUCUAUCUGGAUUUUGCUCGGCUCAGCAUGUCGCCCUUUUCACAAGAUAUGGCAGAUUCUUCCGGACCCAGGCAAAUACUGCAUGCCGCAGAGUCCGGCAUUCUUGGUGACCAUAUUGGUGUUGAAUCUGUUGACGGAUGUAUGCAUCAUGCUCAUCCCCAUCCCCAUCAUCAUCCCACUCAAGAUCUCAUGGGGCCGCAAGAUUGGAUUGAUGAUCAUGUUCUCCGGAGCUAUGUUCAUCAUGAUAGCGGCAAUCUUGCGGGUUUAUUUCGUCAUGGCGCUUCAGCAAGGCCAAACAGCGGCCAUCUGGUCUUGUCGAGAAGAUAUUGUCGCAAUCAUCAUCGGUCAAGCCACCAUCAUUCGUCCUCUUUUUACCAGCCGGUUCUGGAGUGGCAACUACGACAGCUCCAACUCGUACCCAUCGAACAAGCCAUCACACGGCUACGAAUCUCACGAGCUAUCGGGGAGUGGAGGCGACGGAUCAAAGGCAUCGCGUCUGGGAUUCCGCAAGCCAAAGGAUCCGUAUAACAUUAGCGUGCUUCAUACGGCGCAAGGAAAUGAGAGCCAGGAGAGGAUUGUCGGAACACAGCAAGACGCUGGUUAUGCAACUCGGGCACCAACCCAGAACAGUGAUCACAGCGGCCGUGGUUUGGAUAUUACAGUCAAGAAGGAAGUUGACGUGUCAGUUUCGGCUACAAAGCAAGGUCUACAGUCAUCCUGGAAGGCAGUGUGA